AUGUACAAGGUGGGUCCGGCGCCUCCGGAUUUGUCUGGCUCGACCCCGUGCUGCGAGGAGACCCCUGACGCUUACUGCCCAGAGGAUGACCGGUGGCAGAGGCUGCGCACAGCUGUCCGGAAGCUGGAAUUCUGGGAAAACUUUGAGGCGGAGCUGAUAGGCAGCGGCUUCUUCUCCAAAGUCUUCAAGGUCGUUCCGCGUCCUGGGGGGAAGGCCACGGUGGUCAAGAUGGUGGUCAAGAUUUACAAGAACGAUGCUGACCAGGAGGGGAUUGUGCGCGAGAUCAGCUUGCUGCAGAAGCUCUCCCACCCCAACAUCGUCAGGUACCUCGGGAUCUGCGUGAAGGAUGACAAGCUGUACCCCAUUCUGGAGUUCGUGAACGGGGGAUGCCUAGAAGAGCUGCUGGCCUGCAAAGACGUCUCCCUGGGCUGGAAGGAGAAAGUGGACUUGGCCUCGGACAUCACCCGCGGGAUGGCCUACCUCCACUCCAGGAACAUCUAUCACCGCGACCUCAACUCCAAGAACUGCCUCAUCCGAGUGACCCAGCGAGGGCGGGAGGCGGUGGUGACCGACUUCGGGCUGGCCAAGGAAGUGGCGGAGCUCUCGGCCAAGGGUCCGGAGAGGAAGCUCUCGCUGGUGGGCUCAGCCUUCUGGAUGGCUCCCGAAAUGCUGCGGGGAGAACCUUACGACCAGAAGGUGGAUGUCUUCUCCUUUGGCAUUGUCCUCUGUGAAAUUCUGGGCAGGAUUCCCGCCGACCCCGAGGUGCUACCACGGACCCAGGAUUACGGACUGGACGUGGCUGCCUUCCACAGCAUGAUCCGAGAGUGUCCCAGGCGAGUUUUAGAUUUGGCUGCCAGCUGUUGCAGGAUGGAAGCCUUCAAACGCCCCUCCUUCUCCGAGAUCCUGGAGGAACUGGAGGACACGGCGGAACGGCUGGAGUUCCCGAAGGAGCAGCAGCCCCCAGGUUGA